GGCAAUAGACCUCUCCGCCUCGCGGCCAGAGAGGGCCACGUGGAGGUCCUCGAGCGGCUCUUGGCCGCGAAAGCCACGGUGGACGCAGAGCAGAAGAGCGGUGAAAGACCUUUGCACUGGGCGGCCUGGAGCGGCCACCGCCACGUGGUGGAGCGCCUCCUGGCGGCCGGUGCCGUCGUGGAGGCGCAGGACAAGAAAUGUGGUUGCAGGCCGCUCCACUGGGCGGCCUUCGAGGGCCACCUGCCCGUGUGGAGAGACUCCUUGCGGCGAAGGCCGAGGUCGAAGCCAAGGACAACAGAGGCAAGAGCCCAUUUGACAUGGCCAAGGAGGGGCACAAGUGGAAGGUGAUGGGCGUGCUGCGUCCCGUCCACGUGCUGCUUUUGAGCGGGGAGGCCGUGCCCUGCAGCUUGGCAAGCAGGACACUUUAAGAUUGCUUUGUAGCGAGCUGGCACCAUGGGUGUCGCAGUUUGGAGAAGCAGAGAUCCUGGGUCAAGAUUCCUUCCUGCUUUGUCUAUAUAUAUAUAUAUAUAUUAUAGCAGAACAAUGCAUCACUUGCUUGCCAAUGUUUGAAAUUGAUAGCUACUCUCUACUGAUAACAUCACUAUAGGC